CCUGUUAGCUCGAUGAAGACUGUGUCCAAUUAUCUUGGUCAUAGAAAUAUCAUAUGAUGCGUGCGCAAAGGUGUUUUGUCGCAUGUCGAAUGCGAAGUAUAGACCAUAGUCUAUCUUUUUUAUAGCAUUUAUUUCCUAUUUAGACAUAAACAUAUGUCCAGUUCGUACCCCGUCUGAACGAAGACUACCACGAUCCGAUGCCUACCAGGCUGGAAUCCAAUCGACCACUGCGCGUCGCCAUCAUUGGCGCAGGACCAGGCGGACUCGUGCUUGCUCAACUUCUGCGCGACGACCCUGGAUUCGAGGUUACGGUGUAUGAGAGAGGGGAAGCUGAGGGGGAUGAAACAUCCUCGUUGACUGGUUAUCGCAUUCUCAUUACUCCUGAGCUACUAGAUUCCCUCAGGAAGCAUCUCCCAGCCGAUGUCCAAAUGCUGUUGGAAAAGGCUAUCGGUGUUUCUCAAAAGAAUGGUAAUCGACUCGGCAUGAUGGAUACAAUGUGUAGAUUGAUAUGUCGAGUUGAUCUAGCCGGGAUGCGGAGCUUGUGCAGCGUGUCGAGAUGGAAACUCCGUAAAGCGUUGUUGUCCGGCUCUCGCGAGUUUGUCAAAUUCGGUCGAGUAUUCACAUCGUACGAGGUCGACGGCAGUAAGGGUGUCAAGGUGUCAUUUUCAGACGGCGAGUCUAUUCACUGUGACCUACUUGUCGGGGCCGACGGAGCUGGUUCUCGAGUUCGAAAACAGCUUCUUCCCGACAGUAGCAGAAGUAGUACCGGUGUGACAACAAUCUACUUCAAGGCUCCAUACACACCAGAAACCGAGGCGAUGAUUCCAUGGGCAUCUGGUAUAAUGGCAAUGGCUCCAAGACGUUCGAUGGUUGUCGCAUAUUACAAGAACCCAGCGAAGCCUUACGGUCCCUAUGAUCUUAACAACAUCGACCCCGAGGACUCCUUCCUAAUGGUCGGCAUGGGCUGUUACACCAAUGAAUUUUUUAAUCAGGACAAACACCCAGAUGAGUUGACUCCUGAAGAGUUAAAAGAUGAAUGCCUGAAUCGAGCAAGGGGGUGGCAUCCGCUUCUGCAGGCUUUGAUAGCUAUUACCGUGCCAAAUUCUGUCUUUGUCUCCCAUAUAAAAACGCAAGAUCCUAUCGAACCGUGGAAAACUGGCCAAGUAACCAUAUUGGGAGAUGCGGCUCAUAGCAUGACCCCGUUCCUGGGACAAGGAGCAACGAAUGCUAUUGUCGACGCUAUGACCCUGGCCGAGAAGCUGAAAUGGACGGAGGAGAAGGAAAAGGAGACCAUCACAGCAGGGGUGCGCGAGUAUGAAAGCUCAAUGCUUAAGCGAGGCAAUGCAGCAGUCAAAAACAGUCUGUACGCUCUGGAUCUCACAUUCGCGUGGGGAAAUACCCCUUGGAGAGCUUGGUUCCGGAACCUGGCAUUGUCGUUUUGGGAUAUAUUGACGCCCCAUCCUGCCAAUCUGGUAGAGCCGUUUCCUGUCAGUUACAGUGAGUCGAACAAAAAGGGCAACUGAAAAAGGAGGUUUACAGUGAAAUGGAGAAUCAUCUGCCUGGAUGUCAUUGAUGAAUCUCAAGAUCUUGUAUAAAAUUUUGACUUCAUUGUAUAUUUAGUAACAAGACACAAUCUUCAAUCGACAGUGCUGAAAACACAAUCCCGAUAAAAGGAAUUCUACUACGCAUUUAGCUAGAAAGUAUAGACGUAUCAAAUCAAUUGAUGAUG